GGGCCAAGGGAUGAGCUGAGGCCUUCCUUCCCAAUGGCAUCACCCCCUGGUCUGGAACUGAAGACACUGAGCAAUGGUCCCCAGGCCCCAAGGAGACCAGUGGCCCCACCCAGGGAGGGUUUGGAGAACAUCUGCUUCUCCUUGGAGGAGCACGAGACCCGUUUCCAGAACUCCAGGGAGGCCGGACUGGGCAGCUCCCCUAGCCCCCCAGGGGUUGUCUUCCCACAGCCCCGAUUCCAGCGGGAUGAUAUGUCCCUGCAUUCAGAAGAAGGGCCAGGCCUGGAGCCUGUGAGCCGCCCGGUGGAUUACAGCUUCAUCUCUGCCCUGGUUUUCCUGGUGAGUGGGAUACUCCUGGUGGUGACAGCGUACGCCAUCCCCCGCGAGGCCCGCGUCAACCCGGACACAGUGACGGCGCGGGAGAUGGAACAG